AUGAAAUUGCAUGAUGUUGUUGAUAUCAAGGAUUCGACCGAUGAAAAGGAUGAGGUUGAUGGUGAUAUGUUUUUGGAUGAAGUUAAAUUGGUAGACAUUCAUAAGAUGAAAAGGCGGUGGGAUGUGAUAAGUGUGAAGAACAAGUACAUGAGUACCGACUUCAUCAUCUCUGAUGCAAAGGGAAAUGUCCUUCAUUGUUUUGUCAAGGCUUCGAUUGCUUACCGUUUUAAGCCCCUGUUGGAAGAAGGUUGUUUGUACAUGAUGAACGACUUCACUGUGUUGCCGAAUCCUCAAAAGUACAGGAUUAUGAAAGAUGUUGAAUUCAUGAUCGAGAUUGAUGGUUCAACUUUAGUGACAAAGCAAAGUGAUGACGUUGAUAAGUUUAUUCGACACCCGUUUCAGUUGGUAUCCUUUGAGCAGAUUGUACCUACAAACAGCAAGUAUUUUGUUGAUCUCAGGACCGACGACGUUAUACCUGAAACACAACCGGUUGAAGAACAAGAUGAAGUUAAAGAGGUCGAUUGUCGUGGGAAGAAAAAGGUGUUUGUCGGGAGGAAGCGGCGUAAACAUUGGACGGAAGAUCAAAAGGUCGCCUUGGCUCAAGCAUGGAUUCAAAUAUCGGAGUGUAAGAAGUAUGGCAUAGAACAAAAGGCCGAAGGGUUUUGGAAACGAGUUCUUCAACACUAUACAAGCACCUUGGGUUCGACUACGCGAACCUUUCAUAGUUUGACUACAAAGUGGAAGGCGAUGAAUAUGGAGAUGGGUGUUUUCAACGGGUUAUGGAUUCAAGCGUUUCGUGCAAAGGGGAGUGGAUGCAAUGACUUGGAUGUUACGACGACCGCUUUGUCCGAUUACCACACCAAAUUGGACAAGCAUUUUACGCAUCUACCAGCGUGGCAUGUGGUAAAAACUCGUGAUAAAUGGAAGCAACAAGAUUGUUUUGCUGAUAUUGUAGGAAUGGGAAUCGGUUCGUCUAGUGGAUCCUCAAAAAGAAAGUCAGCGGAUUAUGAAUCGGCAAGCAACGACAAUGUCCUUCCCGACAUGAAUGAAGACCCAUCCCCGCCUUUGGAACCAAGAAAGAUGAAGAAGAAGCAAUCCGCCUCGUCUUGCAGCUCGGUGUCAAAUGUAGCCGAGGAAAUCACCAAGUACACACAACAAAGGACGAGCUAUUUGGACAAGAAGGAAGAGAAAGAAGAAUUGGCGAAGCGUUUGAUGGCUACACAACUUGAGGGGGAGAUGUUCAAGAACCGCCACCGUGAAUUUGAUGUUUUUAUGAAGCCCCAUGAUCACAUUACCGAUCCCGCUUUGUUGGAGUGUGUUCUCGAGGAAAAAUGCGCACUCGGGAAAAAAAAACGGAUGACCUUGUAAUUUUUAAAUUUGUUGAACUAUUUAUGUUUAAUUUUAAUUUGUAA